AUGAUUUCUAAUAUAUUGGGUAAAGUGAAUUAAAAAUUGACAUGGAUGGUAGGAAUAACAAUAGCUGCAAUAGGAGGGGGAUUGUUAUUUUGGAAGAGACAACCAAAACUAAAUUAAGAGAUUGAUCUAUCUGAAUAUUCUGAGGAAUUUAAAGAAGCUGCAAGGAAAGGGAGAAGUUUAGUAGGUUUAAGUUAACCAGAUUAAUUAUGGUUAUAUAGUUUAUACAAAUAAGCAACAGUUGGGGAUUGUAAUGUUCCAGAACCUAUGCGUUUACAUUUAUAAGAUCAUGCAAAAUGGACUGCAUGGUCAAGAUGUAAAGGAAUAAAAAAAGUAGAUGCAGAGAAAUUAUAUAUAAAAUAAAUACAAGAAUAUUUAGAUAAGGGUAUUGAAUGUGAUACAGGUAGUGUUUAGAAUUCUUAAUUUGGAAUGAAAGUAAGUACUAUGAAGAAUGCAGAACAUGAUACUAAUGAAGCAUUUAUUGAAAAGAUGAAUAAAACAGGUUAAAGUAUUGAAUAAGUUUUAUAAUUGAAUGAAAAAGAAUAAUAAAUAUUUUAAGAGAUUUAAGAUUCAAUUGAAAAUACUGAAAAAUUAAAUGAAUUAUUAUAGACAUAUAAUGAUGUAAAAUAUUUGUAAUGUGAAAAUGAAUAAAAAAUUAAAUUAAUUCAUUAAGUUGUAGAUAUUGAGAAUAUUGAAGCUUUAAAAUUAUUGAUACCAUAUUAUAAAUAACAUAAUUUAAUCAAUAUAUAGGAAAGUGUAUCAGGAAUGACUGCAUUACAUUAUGGUUGUCUAUCUGGAAAUAGAGAAAUAGUAGAAUUACUAUUAAAAAAUGGAGCUGAUCCAAAUAUUAAAGAUUUUUCUGGAAUGGAUUGUUUUGAAACUAUAGAUGCUGAAAAUAAAUAAUGGUUAGAAUAAUAAUUGUGAAUAUUAAAUGUGCUUAUAAUAAGUUUAAAUUGCCA